AUGGGUGAAGGCUCCACCAGGCCGGAACCAGAAGAUCAUCCUGACAUCAACUCGUAUGGUUUAGAUACCGAUAUAGUAGGAGUUGUCAAUGCUCUGAAGGAAAUUGGGCAACCUAUGAGGUGGCCUAGUUGGGGUUCAAAGUUGAGUGUUGAAAUAUUCCCUACACCUAGAAAGAGCGAUAAGCCGGACCACCAAAAAGAUAAAUCUAGGUGGUGUGAAUAUCAUGGAGAUCAUGGGCAUAGGAUCGAUGAGUGUAACGGUCUGAAAAGAGAGGUAGCCUGGUUUCUUAAAAAGGGUUACCUGAAAGAUCUCGUAGGCAAGAAAGGAAAAAGGCCUGAAGUCAAAAGAGAAGUCCUGCCAAGUCCACCAGCUUUGCCUCCGCAUAGCGUCGUGAUCAGUGUUAUAUCAGGAGGAUCUAGCAUAAGCGGAAUGACCUAUUCCAAUGCGAAGAAGUUAGCAAGGGUUGUCACAUCAGCUUCCAGCAUCCCUCAAACCUAUCUCAGCAGAGAAGUGAAAGCGUUAGAUGAAAUGAAGAUAGUGUUUGAUGAAAGCAGAUUCAAUGAGCUAGAGCAUCAUGAUUGUCUGGUUAUUUCCCUCCAUGUUGGUCAUUGCAAUAUGAAAAGGGUGCUGGUAGACAAUGGGAGCUCGGCUAAUAUAAUAUUCAGAGAUGCCUUGAAUCAAGCUGGGUUCAGUGAGUCAGAUAUCACCAAGAGGUCUACGGUCCUUGUUGGGUUUAACGGUAAAGGUAUGAAUACCCCGGGAGAAAUCCAGUUGCCAACCUUACUGAAGGGUGUCAAUAUGAUGUAUAAGUUCUAUGUGAUAGAUUGCAAGACCGCCUAUAAUGUGAUAGUGGGAACCCCGUGGAUCCAUAAAAUGAAGGCUAUCCCGUCAACCUAUCAUCAGCUUCUGAAAUUUCCAAGUCCGUGGGGAGUAGUAAUAGUCGAAGGAGAUAAAAAGAAAGCCAGAGAAUGCUACCAGAUCACCAUAAAGCCCCAUGGGCCCUCAAUAUAG